UUAUGAUCUUAGUUUGAGUUUUGGAAAACUUUACUUGAUAAAUUUGUAUUGUACUUGUGUAAACAAGUACAUGUGGAAUUAAUAUUAUAAAUGGUAACACUAGAGAUUGAUCGUUCAGGCUGUUUUUAUCAAUAUCAGCAGUUUGCUUCACGUUGCUCGACUUUAACAAUUAUAUAAAUUUAAAUGAAACUAUUGUUAUUGAAAUUUCUUGUAUGAUGAUAAUCUGAGCAAUAUUGUUCACGUCAUCAUUUUUAGACUCUCUCUCCUACUUGUGUUUAUUUACGGCAUUAAAAUGAGUGCUUCAAUGUUAGCGCGUAUAUCCUUUUAUCCCACACUUUUAUAUAAUGUGGUUAUGGAGAAGGUAACUGCAAGAAAUUGGUACGAUAGAAUUGAUGAGAAUGUUAUAUUGGGUGCGCUACCAUUUCGUUCACAGGCAAAUGAUUUAAUAUCGAAAGAAAAUAUGAAAGCAGUUGUAUCCAUGAAUGAGGAUUACGAAUUAACUGCUUUUUCCAACGAUGCGCCUAAAUGGAAAUUACUGGGUGUAGAAUUCUUACAAUUAGCCACAACAGAUAUUUUUGAAUCUCCUUGUCAAGAGAAAUUGUAUAAAGGCGUGGAAUUUAUCAACAAGUUUCUGCCUCUGAAUAAAAGAAUCAGUGUCUUACAUUUAAAUAGUCCCGAAAAUAUUGGAACAGUUUAUAUACACUGUAAAGCUGGCAGAACGCGAAGUGCAACGUUAGUUGGGUGUUAUUUGAUGAUGAAAAAUGGUUGGACACCGGAAAAAGCAGUUGAACACAUGAGAAAUUGUCGUCCACAUAUCUUACUUCACACAAAACAAUGGGAAGCUUUAAGAUUAUUUUACAAAUCUAAUGUAGAACAAUUAGAAAAUAUUGCGGAAGUCAAACCGAGUACGAGCUAGCUUUUGUUGUACAAAAAUAUUUACCAUAAGAAAUAUUUAAGGUAAUAUUUGUUAUGUUAAUUAUAUGCUAAAUACCUUUU